AACAUCAGCAUCUGAUUCUGGGUUUCUCUCUCACCAGCCAGCUGCACAGUGUGUGUUUGUUUAAUGCACCGCUGAACCCUGUAGUGUGUCCAUUUGUACAUAUUCUAACAUUAUCUGAAGGGAAAAAAAGGAGACAAACAAGUACACACCUGUAGGAAGCACCUUUGGAGUUGCACAAUGCAAAGACUGCAGAUUUUAAAGGGAACUUUCUGUGGCUUGGAUGUUGUCCAGCAGCAGCUCCUAAUAGGCUCAGCUGUGGCAGCAGGUGGCUUACUGGCAUACAUAGUGCACAGAAGAAGACAAGUCAAAAGUAUUCCUCUUGGUGAUGGAUGGUGGGGAGCAGGAAAGAAGACCCUGUCAGAGGAUGAUAGAAUCUACCCCUUUAAAGUGAAAACCUCAGAUGAAGAGAUUAAGGACCUUCAAAUGCGCAUUGACAAAACCCGCUACUCUGAUCCUCUAGAAGAUAGCUGCUUCCAGUAUGGCUUCAAUUCAACAUAUCUCAAGAAAGUGGUUUCCUAUUGGAGACACGAGUUUGACUGGAAAAAGCAGGUGGCAGUGCUUAACAAGUAUCCACACUUCAAAACUAAAAUAGAAGGAUUGGAUGUGCACUUCAUCCACGUGCGACCACCACACCGUGAGAACCAGACGGUCCUGCCUCUUAUGCUCGUUCACGGCUGGCCCGGCUCCUUCUACGAGUUCUACAAGAUUCUGCCACUGCUCACAGAGAACCAGGACGGACUCGUGUUUGAGGUCAUAUGCCCGUCUAUCCCUGGCUACGCUUUCUCAGAGGCCUCUCACAAACAAGGGUUUGACAGUCUCGCUGCUGCCCGAGUUUUCCUGAAACUGAUGGAGCGUUUAGGGUUCUCCCAGUUCUAUCUGCAGGGAGGAGACUGGGGCUCUCUCAUCACCACCAACAUGGCCCAGAUGAAGCCUCAGUGCGUGAAAGGCCUUCACUUAAACAUGUUUAUGUCAAGAAAGGGGUUCAAAGUGAUGCUUUCCAUCAUGAUUGGUCAAUAUCUGCCCUUCCUGGUGGGCUUCAGUCGGGAGGAUGUUCGCCGGCUGUUCCCUUUCAUGGAGAAGAAUGUCUGGGACAUCCUGAGGGAGUCAGGCUACUUCCACAUCCAAGCCACUAAACCAGACACUGCAGGCUGUGGAGUGAAUGACUCCCCUGUAGGCUUGGCGGCCUACAUUCUGGAGAAGUUCUCCACCUGGACUGAUCUGAGGAACAGAGAUCUGCCGGAUGGUGGGCUGGAGAGGAAAUUCAGCCUGGAUGAACUCUUGACAAAUGUCAUGAUCUACUGGACCACGGGCUCAAUCGCCUCCUCCAUGCGCUUCUACAAAGAGAACUUCAAGAGUAAUCCUGAGAAAAGAGUGGAUGCAAAGACGGGGAUAUUUGUGCCCACUGGACUCGCCGCCUUCCCUGCGGAGCUGAUGCACUGCCCUGAAUCGUGGGCACAAAUUAGGUACCGAAACAUCUACUCCUACACUUUCAUGCCUCGAGGUGGCCACUUUGCUGCCUUUGAGGAGCCUCGGCUGCUAGCCAACGACUUUGUCCAGUUUGUCAAAAAAGUGGAGGGGUUCUGAACCCGUCGAUGCACUCUCAGACCAACGUAAUUAUGGUACAUCUGUUCUUUAUUAUUGCUGUUGUCUUUGAUUUAGAUUGACCACACUACAAUGCAUUACUACAAUGAUUACCUCCAAAACUGCAGCACUGUCAAAAUCUUUUUCAGGUUUUUAAUAAAUGUAAACAUAUACACAGAUACUGGCACUCAAAUGUAUCCAAAGAUUGUAUUCAAGAAAGCAAUAUAAUGCACUAAACCUUUCAAGUUAUGCUCAUUAAAAAUAUAUUGCACCAAUA